UCCACGGAGCACGGGUACGGCCGUAGAAUCUACGGGUGCGAGUUGGCCAGCGCACGCAAGAGUCACUCUCAUCCGAUCGCUAUCAAAGUGUUUAGUUCGCAGGCCAUCCUCAUGUGAGUGCAGCUCAAUACUCACUUUCGCUGUCCGUGUUGGCCUCCGGCGGUAGCUGUUGCCCUUUCCUCCUCUACAUGCAGUCUUGUUCGCUUUCCGGUUCUUCAUUUUGGAGGGUACAAAUAAGGUGCAGGUGCAGGUGGGUGUAUGUAUGUGGCUAACCUUUCCGGAGGCGAAUUUUCUGCCAACAUAAUCUGCCGCCUCGGGGUAGCGGAUCUUGGAAGACCAGCGCGUGGCGAGUGAGUAAAAGAGUGUGGGUGAUGUUUGUGCCUGAGCUAAAUCUAGUACUAGUGAACACGUUGCUGACCCAUAGCUGCUGAGGGAAGGCUUACGACUCCGUUGCCAAGCUGCGGAAUCUCACGACUUCGGAGAGCCCAGCGUGGUUCCGGGCUCGGUUCAGAGGCUAUUCCGAUUGCAACUUCACCGGCACUGCGGGGGGCAAGAGACCAAACCCGCAGAUCUGGAGCUCAACAGGCUACCCAGUGCAGUUUUCCACAAAUAAUUAGUUGCAGUCGUGUCACAGUUGAGGUGGCGACGAACGGGACGUUGAACGCGGCCGCCGUAGCACCGCUAGAGAUUUCUGGGCGACAUGCUGCGUCCAGUCAAACUGCUGCACAUUGCACUGACCGUUGCAUUGAUCGCACCUGCUUGCUCCGCUCAAGGUAGCAGCAGCCCAUCAACUAGUCCACUCGUUGCUAGCUUUUCCGGACGGUCGUCCCUGGAACGCAAGUUGCUAAGCAACGCGGCGCCGGGAGCCAGCACGCGUCUAUUUCAAUUCACGUUUCGCACGGCUAGCGAUGACACCGGCGCACUGCCCAUGCCAAUUCUCAGCGUUCACGAUUCGUCGGGAAACCGUGUUGUCGCGCGGCUGACGUUGCAACGUGCCGUCCAGGUGACGUUUGACGGAACCGUCGUCAAGGGCGAUGCACUCGAUUGGACGUCGUCAUGGCUGCAAGUUAACAUUACCAUAGCAGAGAAAUCACUGGCUCUCUCCGUAAAUGGAUUUGUUUCACAGCAGCGCAGCACACCUCGCGUGGGCACAGCCCGCCUUGGCGAUGCAGUUGACAUCAUCAUUGGCCGGCACCAUUCGGAUGAGGACGACCACUUCGUUGGAUGUCUGCGUUCGGUCAUUGUCGACGGACAACGUUUAUUUGAGGAGUUCUACGCUGAGCGACGUGGUGCCCUGAUUGGGUUAAGAGAGGUCUACUUUGGUUCGACUUGCGAGGAUCGGCUACUAUCAUGUCACAGGGCGGAGUCUCUGGCCAGAGAUGGUCUUCUGCUGGUGGACCAGGAGUCUGCACUGACAGUGGACACCAUGGUUGACAUCUCCAGAGAGGCUCUGAUCAGCUUCACCCUCCAGACACAGCAGGCCAGCGCCAUCGUGCUCAACGUCGCCGGCGUCCACAACUACAUCACUCUGUUCCUGGAGGUCGGCGAGGUGUGCCUGCAAUGCUGGCGCAACCGCACGUACUUCGCGCUUGUGUGCACGCGCGGAUUCGACAUUACGCGCGGCGGUGCUCACAACAUCACCCUCAGCAAGGUCAACGAGCUAGUCGUUCUCGUCGUUGAUGGUCACAUGAUCGACUCGAUAACGCUACCGCCGGAAAUGCUCUACCUGGGCGGCUCGUGGACGUUUGGUCGCGUAGAUACCGCGUGCGGCGCCAACGUCAGCAUUGGUUUCGACUUCCCCAACUUCAGCGGGUGUCUGGCGAACCUCGAGCUCAACGGCUUCUGUCCCAGGAAGGUGCUGGAUUUCACUUGUAACACGAGGGACACGGCGGAGAGUGCUGGCAUCUACGAGGGGUGCUACCACAACUUCUGCGACGUUGAGGACCUGUGCGAGGUGGGCACGUGCGCCAUCGCCCUCACCGGCUUCUACUGCGACUGCUUUGGAACGCAGUACGCAGGGCUACGCUGCACAAAAGAGGGCCUGACGGUAACAACCUUUGGUAAUGGAACCGGAUUCAGCUACGCGUUUCCAGUGUCCGAAUUGGCCGGAUUCUCCCCCCUGUCUCUGUUUGGAGUACCGACGGCUUCCUCUGGCGGCGAAUUUGAGACGUUCUUCUUCUACCGCGCCUGGGAGGCGAUGGGAUAUCGGGUCAUGUUGGCGCAGUUCUGGAAUGACGAGCCGCGUCCGUUUCUCCGCAUCUACCAGGUGAACGACAGCAUUGAGAUAACGCGGAGGCUCACAAACGCCGUCCAGACGUGGUCCCGUGAUGCCGUGUUCGUUCCCGGCCUGGCUACGGACUUCCAGUACGUCAAGGUGUCGUUGAAGAUCGUCAGCGAGGUGUUCUUCACGCAACUCCAGGUGAUCGUCACGCAGGAGGGCAAGGAGCCGAGGAGCACGAGCUUCACCAACGUUUCACCUAUAAACGUUACCAAAGUGGAGUUUGGAGAGUUCAAUAUGAACGAUGACCACCGUGUCAGUCGUGAUGUUGCCACGGACGUCGUGCUGGAUUCAUCGUCGUCCCUGAAAGGUCACAUCCGUGCAGCCGGUGCGGUGAUUAACGGGGAGAAUGUCCGCAUCAUUGACCUGGUGCUGAGCAACCACACAGGAACGUUCAUGACGGCUUACCCUCACGAGUUGCCGUUCAGCAAUUACACGACGGUAUUUCACACGGAGCGCCCGUACAUGGUCGCCCGACGGGAGCAGGACCUCGAGGAGCUCUCAUUCCGCUUCCGAACCCGGCACGCCAAGGACGACGCUGUCCUGUUGAACGCCGGAGUUGUGUUCGUGAUGUUGCGCAGCGGCACGCUUCAUGUGGUGGUCAAGCGAGGUGUAUACGAGACGGAAAGGGAAAUGGUGCUGCUGGGUGAGAGGGAAAACGUGAGCGGGCUGGCCGAUGGCGAGUGGCAUCAGUUUAAGUUCACUAUCGCAGUUGACAUUGGCCAUCCGCAAUAUCGUGCUAACGUGACGAUAGAAGACGAUAUGCCGGUUGUCUCCAAACCGGCCCAUUUUAGCAUCAUAUUGAGUGUAGAUAUUUUGGAGGUGCACCUGGGCGGCACACACGCAAACGGCACAAAAUACCUGCCCGCGAGCGGUGGUUUCCGAGGGUGUGUGGAGGACUUGUGGGUCAACCGUGAUUAUAAGGAUCUGUACGCACUGGAAACCCCUGGACUGGUGGACAGCAGCGACAUCGAUCAUUUCUGUCCUAGUUGCACUCCCGUCGACCCGUGCCAGCGAGGUCGGUGCGUGGAGCACAUCGACAACAGGACGUACUCCUGCGACUGCUCAGGCACCGGCUAUGCUGGUCCGGGGUGCUUGUAUGAGGAUGUCACUGCCACACUGUUCAACAACGCAACAUCUCACUUGGCUAAAGUCCAGCUGACCGGCGAUCAAGCCAUCCCCGAGGAGCUCAGCUUCCUCUUCCGCGUCUGGAAAGCCGAGAACGAGGUGCGUGUGCUCACGCAGAAUGGCGGUGGCCAUGGUGACGGCAGCCCUCUCCUCGUGCUCUCGGUGGACGGCGAAAGUGUGGUGGUGCGUGUACAAUCGCCGCACAGCGUCCUCACCACGCACUAUUUACCUUUCCCGGCCGUGAGGCGUGCGUUUAAAUACAUACCCGUAUCUAUAAGGUACUCGUCAACGGCAUCAGUGCAGAAUGCCGACGAACAACAGCCACUACCAGCCACCGGUGGAAGGGUGGAGAUCACCAUUGGGCGCGGUGCCGCUCAAACGUCACUUGAGUUGAUCGUGGGUAGUCUCAGAACCGACACGAUCACGUUCGGAACACGCGACGAGUACACGAGCGCGCCUAUCAAGGGCUUUCAGGGCCAUCUGCGCGCCAUGCACUAUAACGGACGCAGCCUCUUCCCAGCAAGCCUCGAAACGGACAAGCAGCGUUCCUUGGUCAAUGGUGCACUUCUGGAGCUGCCAUUCGAUGAGUACUUGGUCAACUUUAAAACGCCUGACGUCUACAAGGUACUAAAUGUCUUGCUGCCAGUCACUGAUUUGAGCUUUAGCAUGCGUAGUACCGGAGAGAGUGCUGUGGUGGUUGACAUCAAUGGUGGCGAUGCUGGGUCCGUCACAUUGAUCUACGAGAACGACGCCUACCAGCUGAUGAUAACGAGUGCAAGAGAGAACGCCUCGUCGCCAGUCGACCGGAUGCGUUCUGUUCCCUUACUCCCCACACCACGCGAGUCGCAGCGGACGGUGGAGCGUGCUGGCGUACUGCGCAAUACAUGGACUCGCGUCGAGGUGGUCAUAGGCUCUACAGUGGAGGCGACGGCACUCGACCCGGAUGGUGUUUCUGCGUCUGGUUCCCUGCCCUUUCAAGCUACACUCGGCGUGUCGAAAUUCCGGACGAUGACCAUCGGUGGAGCUAGCCCGGAGCGUUUACGUGAGAUUGGCUUGGUUCAAGCCGGCCUGGUCGGUUGCAUCAAGGAGCUGUGGGUGAAUCAUGAUUACGUCGACCUACCCGACACGACUACACGACACGGAGGUGCAGAUCUCACGACGGUUACGACGGACGCAAGUCCCACCGACCUGACCAGCGGCGUAUGCACAGGGUGCCAGCCUCAGUCGUUGUGCCACAACGGUGGCGUGUGCCUGGCCGAAACGUCCGGGGACGAGUUCCAGUGCCUCUGCAACGAGACAGGCUUCGUCGGGCAACUCUGCGACAUCGUUCCGACAUCUCCACCACCAACAACACCAACUACCACACCAACAACACCAACUACCACACCAACAACACCAACUACCACACCAACAACACCAACUACCACACCAACAACACCAACUACCACACCAACUACACCAACUACCACACCAACAAGCGCCACGCCAACCAGCGUCAUGCCAACAACACCGCAGCGGCCAGUCAAAACCAGCGACGCACCGCCUGCAGAUGUGACCAAGAAGCUACCGCCGUCCGACCCUCCCCUCCCCACCAUUGGCGAGUCUAUCAAGAAGGUCGAAGGAGAUGCUGAUCUCUCUCUUCUCUGGAUGCUGCUGUUGCUCAUUCCCGGUCUGAUACUGCUGGCGGCCAUUAUUGUCUGGGCCAUUUACAAAUAUCGACGUCGCUAUACUGGCAAGUUUAUUAUCAACGAGCAGAUAUCACCGCGGAAGAGGAUUUUCUAACGCAAAACAGUAUCCCAUUGGUCCUACUAGAGUCUUGCUUGAUUCUCGCCUUCAUCGAACACGUUUAUCAGGGUGUAGUAUUUGAAAGUGGUAUUUUAUUUUUAUAACUUUACUUCUCCCUGCUCUUUUCGUGUAGUGGUGACGAACUGACAACGCACUGCUCAACGGUGCUGCUGCUUAGGAAUCAUUAUAGAACACAUGUUGUGCUGCUGCCUGAUGAUCGCUUCGUGCGUGAAACUUUGAGUUGCAGCAAAUUAUUAUUAUUCAUCCUCUUUGGUCGCCCCCGUCACAAUUGGUUCACCAAUAUGAAAGACUGGACCAACGAAUCUUGCAAUUCUCUCUCUCUCUCUCUCUCUCUCUCUCUCUCUCUCUCUCUCUCUCUCUCUCUCUCUCUCUCUCUCUCUCUCUCUCUCUCUCUCUCUCUCUCUCUCUCUCUCUCUCUCUCUCUCUCUCUCUCUCUCUCUCUCUCUCUCUCUCUCUCUCUCUCUCUCUCUCUCUCUCUCUCUCUCUCUCUCUCUCUCUCUCUCUCUCUCUCUCUCUCUCUCUCUCUCUCUCGUUGCUGCUGAUCGUGAUAGGUAUAGGCAGCUUGUUUAUCAGUGUCGUUAGGUUUUUUUAGUUUUUAUUUUAAAUAUUUAUUAUUUUUUUAUGCUGCUGCCUUAUGACACACAUGACGCCCCUACGACCAGAAUGGUUAUGGGUUAUACAUACAUACAUACAUACAUACAUACAUACAUACAUACAUACAUACAUACAUGCAUACAUACAUACAUACAUACAUACAUACAUACAUACAUACAUACUCAAUCUGCGGACAGCAUGCUGUUUCGUUCUUUUUGAACUCGUCAGCGCAGCACAUACAUACAUACAUACAUACAUACAUCCUCUUCAAAGUCAUCUUGUCCUAAGUAGAUCUACCCUUGUAUUGGGCAUUCGCCAUUGAGCACUCUUUUGGGACAGCCUGCAGCCUUUCUGCGUAUGGAUUGUGAUGCUAUGAUGCAAUGUCGUACAACUUUAGCUCUUCUGUGUAUGCCGCACACAUGCAUCUUUUUGAGAGUCUUCUCUGUCGUUUUCCAGAUUGAAUCGUUUUCCGUUUUCUACUUCGGGUAUUCUAAUAAACUACCUGUCUCUUGACAACCAAAGAA